AUGACUUGGCUCGAACUACCAGUCACUGAUGCGGCCCGAGCCGCCAGGUUUUACACGGCAGUAUUGGGCUGGGAGUGUCCAGAGACUCCCAUGGCAUCGGUGACGCCGUGGGUGAAGACGGUGCAUUUCUUCAACAAGGGCAACCUCCAUGGGGCAUUCUUGCUCAUGGAGGAGAGCAACCGCAUCUCAAACGUCGACGAGGGAAGGCCGGAGCGUAUUCCGGUUCUGCCGACGUUCGCUGUGAAGAGCAUUGAGGAUACGGUCGCAGAGGCGGAGAAACUGGGUGGGAAGCUGCACGUGCCCAAGACUGCAAUUGGCAAUGGGAUGGGGUUCUUCUCUCGGUUCAUCGACUGCGAGGGCAACCUGGUUGGUAUCUGGGCUCAGGAGUAG